AGAAGCAAUUUCGUCCAGCCCGAGUUUAGCCCGCAAACGGAAAACCAGUCGAGAGAGGGAAGAAGAUACAGAGAGAGAGAGAGAGAGAGAGAGAAUGAUGAAGGAAGAAGCCAUAAGCUCCUCUGGCGAUCCUCUGCUGCCACCCAAGUCUUCCUCUCCUCCGCCUACCCCCACUCCCGCUGCUAGUUCUGCAGGGGCAUCUUCUCCUACUGUUCCAGUAAAUGUUGGCAGCACAGACUGGGCAGUACAGGGCUCAAAAGCAGGUUCCGUUUCCCGUGUUGGGUCACAGCGCAUAGGGACUUCAUUGAGUACCAGUGCUGGUGGUUCUGCUCUUGGAUCAUCACAGCCUUCGUGUAGACCCUGGGAAAGGGGUGAUCUAUUGAGACGCCUCUCAACAUUCAAACCCACAGACUGGUUUGGAAAGCCUAAGGCUGCUGGUUCUAUGGCUUGUGCCAGAAGGGGCUGGAUAAAUGUGGAUGCUGAUAAGAUUGAAUGCGAGUCAUGUGGUGCAAAUCUCAAAUUUAUUUCCUCAGCUACCUGGACUCCUUCUGAAGCUGAUGUUGCUGGUGAAGACUUUGCAAAAAAACUUGAUGAAGGGCAUAAAGUCACUUGUCCAUGGAGGGGAAAUAGCUGUGCAGAGAGCUUGGUCCAGUUCCCCCCUACUCCACCUUCUGCCCUAAUUGGUGGUUAUAAGGAUCGUGCUGAUGGAUUACUUCAGUUUCCUUCCCUCCCUAUUGUGGCUGCAUCUGCAAUUGAGCAUAUGCGAGUUUCUAGAGGUUCAGAAAUUGAUUCUUUUCUAGCUCAAUCACAGGGUUUUGGAGGUGUUGAACCUUUCUUUAGGCCAGAGGUUAUGUCUGGAGCUGAGAACACCAGAGAAGAUGCUUUCUUUAUAUACUCUCGUGCUCAGAAGCUGAUAAGCCUUUGUGGAUGGGAGCCAAGGUGGCUUCCAAAUGUCCAAGACUGUGAAGAAUACUCAGCUCAGUCGGCUAGGAAUGGGUGUUCAACAAGUCCGACAAAAGAUCAUGGUCCUCCACAAGAACUUGGCCGUGGCAAGAAGGUACUGUCUUGUUCAAAGAAAAGGGAUACUGUUAAAAAUGAAGUUGUGUGCCCCAUGUCAAAAGGUGAAUCUAGGUCACCUUUGUUGGAUUGUAGUUUGUGUGGAGCUACAGUGAGAAUUUUGGACUUCCUUACGGUUUCUCGUCCUGCUUGCUUUGCUCCCAACAGCAUUGAUAUCCCUGAAACAAGCAAAAAGAUGGCAUUAACACGAGGAGUAAGUGCUGCCAGUGGAAUAAGUGGGUGGGUUGCUACUGAUGGUAUGGGAAAGGAGCAGACAGAGGACCAUGAUGAAGCAGCAACAGAUGAGGGAAGGUCGUUGUCGAAUAAUGGUGUGGAUCUAAAUCUUACAAUGGCAGGUGGGCUGUCCUGUUCACAACUACGCAAGAAUUUAGGUCCUGACCAAUUUCAAGAUGUGCACAAGAGAAGAGAUCCAAUGAUUGGACAGCCUUCUAGCAGUGAGGUUGGUGACCGUGCGGCUUCAUACGAGUCUCGUGGUCCUAGUUCUAACAAGCGUCAUUUAGAGGAACGUGGAAGCACUGCCGACAGGCCACAAUUGGUAGUACAACAAGCGGACAGCGUUGAGGGAACUGUAAUAGACCGUGAUGGAGAUGAAGUCAAUGAUGACAGUCAGUACUCAGCUGGUCCUUCAAAACGCCCCCGUGAGUCAGAUCCUCUAGAAAUCCAUCACUCAUCAUAUGGGAAAAAUGCAGCUGGUGCUGGUCCUAGCCUGUCACUUGGUAUUGAGGUUGGAACAGAUGGCCAAAGAGAUGAUCCUUUCAACCAAGGUCAUGAACAGGUGAUUGGUUUCCCAGCUACAAGAGAUUCAACACAUGUUUCAUCUGUUAUUGCUAUGGACACAUUUCAUUGUGCGGAUGAUGAUUCAAUGGAAAGUGUUGAAAACUAUCCAGGAGAUGUUGGUGAUAUUGAAUUCCCUUCAACAUCAGGUGUAAAAAGCACGGAUCCAUUUGAGAUGUCUGAGUUAAACUAUAGCAAUCAAGCACAGCAGAGUGCUUGUCCUGCUGCUAUUAGGAGUGCUGGUGAAAUUGGUGUUAGUAGCACAAAUGAUGAGGAAGUUUUAAAUGCAGAUACUGCAACUGCACAUGCAAGGGAUGGCCUUAGUUUUGGAAUUAGUGGAGGAAGUAUAGGAAUGGGAGCUAGCCAUGAAGCUGAAAUUCAUGGGAUGGAUGCUUCUGUGCAUAGAGCUGAUAGUGUUGUUGGUGAUGUGGAACCAAUUGCUGAAAUCACUGAAAAUGAAGGUCAAACCGGUGAAUUUGGUCCUGAUCCUGGACUGAUGGGUGACUAUGUUCCAGAGGAAAUGGACCGGGAGGAUCCUAAUGGUGAUAGUCAAGAUCUAACAUCUCGCUCAGUGGGAAGAGCUGAUAGUGGUUCAAAAAUUCUUGGCUCAGCCAAGGCAGAAUCCAUCGAAAGUGCUGAGAAGACCAGCCAUGAUCCCUCUACACCCAAUAAUAGUGCACAUCCCUCUCUUUCUUGCAAUGCUAUUUUAUUGUCUGUGCAUGAGGCAUCAAAGGAAGAAGUUACCCAGGCUGCCCAAGCUGCCAAUGCACUGGCUACUGAAGAUGGUGGAUAUGUGGUGGAGUCAGGCUUCUUGGUUGCAAAGGGGACAGGGCCUCCCAAUGGGGAAAGUGGUUAUAAAGAAGCUGUUGAGUUCGACCCAGUUAACCAUCAUAACCCUUUCUGCCCUUGGGUCAAUGGAAAUGUUGCUGCAGCUGGCUGCACCAGUAGUAGUGGUUCCAGUUCCAGUGCUGGUGCUCUUGCUCUUUGUGGUUGGCAGCUAACUUUAGAUGCUUUGGAUUCUUUGUCGCUUGGAAAUGUUCCAAUCCAAACUGUGGAGUCUGAAUCAGCCGCUUCUUUGUAUAAGGAUGACCAUCGAUCUGCUGGUCGGAAACUCUUGGCACGAAACUCAUUUAGCAAAAGCCGUGGAGGGAAUUAACAGUGAAUUAUAAGGUUUUAUAGGUCUAUAAUGCAAGCUGCCCAAUCAACUGGUCUCAGUUUGUGUGGGAUCCUGAAUUGUUGAACCAUUUGAUUCCUUGAGAUGUUCCAUCGAGCCAGAAGACUCUCUUUUUUUUUUUUUUUUUUUUU